AUGCAUGGUAACAUUGCGCGUCGCGCUUCGAGUGGGGCGGUUGCUUCCAGCCGUCUGAAUCCAUUUUGCUUCCUUGUUUGGCCUCGUGGUUUUGGUAUCCUCCGGCUUCUGGCUCUUGCUGCCUGAUCCGAUCAAGUCCGUCGCUUUCCCUCUCUCCAGUUGGCUUCUGGCUCUCGCCGGUAGAUGGAUCUUCGCCCAUCGAUUCGUGGAUUUGUGGAUUCGCCAGGAGAGGUCGGAGUAGCGACUUCGAUGAUGGCCUCUUCUGUCCCCAAGGUGGUCGCAAUCUCGCUCAAUAGAGCGUCAAGUUGGUGGGAGGGUGCUGAAAACUCCGUCCUGUUGCAGGAUUGGAUCUUCCAUACGCUUGCCGCUCUCUAUGGCAUCGUUGCCGCUGUUGCCCUGAUCCAACUGAUCAGAAUAGAAUGCAGGGUUCCGGAGUAUGGCUGGACGACACAAAAAGUCUUCCAUUCCUUGAACUUCUUGGUAAAUGGUGUGAGGUCGGUUGUCUUUGUCUUUCGGAGGGAUGUCCAACACAUAAGGCCAGAGGUCUUUCAACAUGUUGUUCUAGAUUUUCCCAGCCUGGCUUUUUUCACAACUUAUACUCUUCUGGUGCUGUUCUGGGCUGAGAUAUAUUAUCAGGCGCGUGCAGUAUCGACUGAUAAACUCAGGCCGACUUUUUAUACAAUUAAUGCGGUGGUCUACACUAUACAGAUUGCUUUCUGGUUAUUAUUUUGGUGGAAGCCCAUUGAACCUGUGGUUAUCUUAUCAAAGCUGUUUCUUGCAGGUGUCUCAUUGUUUGCAGCCCUUGGAUUUCUUCUUUAUGGAGGAAGGCUUUUCCUCAUGUUGCAACGCUUCCCUGUUGAAUCAAGAGGAAGGAGGAAAAAAUUACAGGAGGUUGGCUAUGUGGCAACUAUAUGUUUCCUUUGUUUUCUGGUGAGAUGCAUAAUGAUGUGCUUGAAUGCGUUUGACAAAGAUGCGGACCUUGAUGUUCUUGACCAUCCUAUUCUGAACCUUACGUAUUACCUGCUCGUGGAAAUUCUACCUUCAUCUCUUGUCCUAUUCAUCCUAAGGAAGCUACCUCCCAAGCGCGGAGUAACUCAGUAUCAUCCCAUUCAUUAGUCAGUAUGUAUGUGUGUUGUCCUCCUGAAGAAUUCAGUUCGCACAUAGUAUCGACAAAAUACUUCCCAUGAAGAGGGAAAUAAAACAAGAACUAAAAAAAAGGGUGUCAUGUUGGAUGAUGGAGCUUGCAGACUGGAUGAUUAUAUUGCAUGAAUGGAGUGGAGUCAGUAGAUACACAACGAUUCUGUAUAAAUACUCGUGGAGUGUAUGUUGUAUCAGUCAUUUUUAGAUGCAUUUACUUGAGUUCUAAGAACAUGAAUGUUUAAUUUUAUGCAUGAAGAGCGAUCGAAGUACAAAAAGGUUGAGCAUGUGUAAUAAGAUAAUUUCUGCAUUAAAAGCUGCAUACCUGUGAGAAGUGAUGA